GCCGGCGCAGGCCCCGCGGUGCUGGAGCAGCCCCGGGUGCCGCGGGGGCUCUGCCUGGCCUCGGCGGGGCUCGGGCGGGGAGCGGCUGCCCAGGGCUCCCCCGGACUCGGAGCGGAACAAAUCCCAGCUCGCAGUCCGCCUGUUCACCGCAAGGCAGAAAAAAAAAAUCCGGGUUUCCAUUCCUUGCUUACAGUGAUGCUGGUUUCCAGAAGGACUUGAAAGACUCAGCUGUUGUUACCAAGAAAAUUCCUGAAACAUGGUGGAUUACUAUGAAGUUCUGGGAGUGCAGAAGCAUGCCUCAGCAGAGGAUAUCAAAAAAGCGUACCGUAAAUUGGCACUAAAAUGGCACCCUGAUAAAAAUCCAGACAAUAAAGAUGAGGCGGAACGGCAAUUUAAGCAAGUAGCUGAGGCCUAUGAAGUCUUGUCAGAUGCUAAAAAACGUGACAUCUAUGACAGAUAUGGAAAAGAAGGCCUAAUAAAUGGAGGUGGAGGUGGAAAUCAUCAUGAUAAUCCAUUCGAAUUUGGAUUCACAUUCCGCAACCCAGAAGAUGUCUUCAGGGAGUUUUUUGGUGAAAGGGACCCCUUUGCAUUCUUUGAAGACCCUUUUGAGGACUUCUUCGGGGUCAGGCGGGGUCCAAGGGGAGGCAGGAACAGAGGUGGUGGUGGAUCAUUUUUGUCUACCUUUGGUGGAUUCCCUGCCUUUGGAAGUGGCUUUUCUCCAUUUGACGCAAGUUUUACGUCGUUUGGCUCUCUGGGACAUGGAGGCCUUACUUCAUCGUUCUCCUCUACGUCAUUUGGUGGCAGUGGGAUGGGAAGCUUCAAAUCUGUAUCAACCUCAACUAAAAUAGUUAAUGGCAGAAAAAUUACUACAAAGAGGAUUGUUGAGAAUGGACAAGAGAGAGUAGAAGUUGAAGAAGAUGGCCAGUUAAGGUCGCUAACAAUAAAUGGGGAGGCAGACGAGGAAGCCUUUGCUGAGGAGUGCAGACGGAGAGGACAACACGCUCUGCCCUCCCAGCCCUCCAACCUGCGCCUGCUGAAGCCUCACAAAGCUGCCAGCACCCCCCGCUUCCCCUGCCACUACAGCAGCGAUGAGGUGGAAGAGCAAGACAGAAGCCGGGUUAUGAGCAGCUUCGAGGCCCCUUUUUAUUUAUCAGGUGUGCAAAAGCGUGUUGGUGAGAAAUGUGCAGAGAAGGACCCAUCACAUAGUCAAAAAGCAAACCCAAAGAGCCAAGCAAGAAGUUGGUGCUGUGUGUUGACUUAAUGGUAGUUCCCUGGCAGAUAAUUAAUAGCAGCUUGUUUGCCUUCAUCCUGCUUUAGCUCUGAUCUUCCAUUUAGCCUAGAUUCACUAACGCCCUGGGAGAUUUAAGGAUCCAGGGCAAAUACUGUUGUGCUGCUGAAGUGCCUCUGCUCUUUGUUGUUAAAAGUGAAGGCAUUUUAGAGGUUAACUCAUCACAAUACUUUGCACAUUCAUUUACUUAAAUUGUGCUUGGCUUCCUUGUCCAAGGAGAAGUUCAGCAAGUUGAUGCUAUUUCUGGAAGCUGCAAUUUUAGGCAACUAAAUCCUAAUAAAGGAGGCUGAGAACGUUCAGGCAAACGUGGCAAUGUGGCAAUUGUCUGGGUUAUUUUUGGAAGUAAUUAGUCCUUUGAUAUAUUUCCAGUCUGUAAUUUUUUGGCAAUGUAGUCCAGAGGCUAUCUUGGACAACAAAGUCCUCAAAACUACUUAAGUGGAACCUGUGGUCAGAAAUCAUCCAAGACUGUGAGGACAGGUUUUUCUGAGAUGAAGGAUGCCUUUCUACUUGGAUGCCCAAACCAGGGACCCUUCUCGUAGUGUGAAAUCAGGUGAAGUUCUGGGAAGUGUGAGCCUAUGAGGCUUCUCAGGGUAAACACAGCACAUGAAAAAUAUGCAGUGUAUCCCAAAACAGGUGCUCCCAGAGCUGUACCAACCUCCACUGUAUUUAUGAGCCUUUAAACAUAACACUGUCUUUUAUGUGGAAGACCUAAAGAUAUUAUGAAGGAUGAAAGAUUGAAAAAAUAGAAUAAUUUAGAUUAAUGUCUUCCUGAUAAGUUGCUGGAAGCUUUGUCUUUAAACAUGACCAAGUUGAAUAUUUUAUUUAAAAAAGAAAAAAAGGAAAGGAAAAAAAACUGACAAAAAGUUACAGAGGCCUGAACGUAAAGUUCUGGGCUGAUGUCCUGAAGCUUCCCAUGCAAGGGCAAGAGACAGGUUUGGUCUCCUGUGUCUAUGGCUGGCAAAACAACUCUGCCUUUGGACGCACAAAGAUCUCUGCAAUUACAAUAUUUUGCAAUGGAUUCCAAGGAGCAGCUGAGUUUGACAUGCACCGUGCAAUUUUUGGAGCAAUUUGUAAGAUUGCUUAGGACUUUUUGCUGUGAAUUUAUUUAUGCUCCAAGACGCACAACUUUGCAAUUAAAAUUAAUUUCCAGAAGUAUUAAUGCAAUCACAAAAUACUCUCUUCUACCAGUAGAUUGUGAGUUGCCAAAAAAGACUCAGGGUGAAAACUUGAUUGCAGUGAGACUAAGAUUUUACUGUUGCUUUAAAUAUUUUGCCUGCUGUUCCUCUGAUGGACAGGGCUGCUGAAGGACUGGUCGAGUCAGUCAUAAAAACCUACGUGAGUGUCUUAAUCCCUCCCUGGGGAGUUUGUGCACGAGCCCUGGCCAGUAAUGCCAUUUCCCUUCAUGGGUGCUCACCUCUGCUGACUGCCUUGCCCUGCAAGCAGCUUCACCAGCACAGCUCUGUAAUUACAGAGACCACUUGACUCGCUUGGCUUCUCAUCCAUCACUGCCGUGCUUACAUGGGCCAGCAGAAUCUGUUUCUGCCUUGCUCCAAAGCCCUCUCAAAUUCUGGGAAACAAUCAAGUUCAAUGGUCUCAAACCAGGUGCAGUUCCACCUUGACUCAGACAUUUUUGCCACCACCAGCAUCAGGCCCUUGACAGCAGGACCAUGCAGCAGUUUUAGAUGUUGUCUCAGCACCUCAAGCAAACCCUCAGUCGUUGAUGAUUCAUUUGCAGUGAAAUGGUUUUCUUUUCCCAGCUCUAAGAAUGGGACUGUUUGAAUUUUGAUUUGUAAGUCAGCAGGAAAUUUAAAUGAAGGAGAAGGGGAGAGGUUUCAUCUUGACUAUGUGGUGGGAAUCCCUCUGGAAGUGGCAUCUCUCUAGUGCCCAAGAGGAAAGGCUGGCCAAUUCCUUUAGACUGGCAAAUCCAGAGGUGAGAUGAAUCCUCUCCUUAGUCAUCACAGUGGGAAUUUAAUCAAAAAUGUGAGUUUAAUUUAAUUCUCCAUCUAUCAUGGACACUUUGUGUUUUAGUGGAAAUUGCUCUGGAAACUGUUUCUGGUUUCACAAUGGCCUUUUAGAAUAAAACUUCACCUCUUGUGCUCUGAAUUUGCUGCAUAUCUCAAACAGCUCUUUAGCUCCCAACAAGGAAUUUUUGAAAUAAGAAUUCAGAUACUGCAAGUGUUAUGCUCCCUGAUAGUGUGGUACAUGGCUGACUGGUGGGAUCUGAGCUGUGUCAAAGUGAUGUUAAUGCCAGCAGAGACCUGGGGAUGGCAGCUGUUAAUGCCAGAGGUAGUGGUAACUACCCUUUAAAAACUACUGCUUUGGAUUUGAGAAUUUUCACCUUUAUCCAUCAAGAAUGAUUGAAAUGUUUAAUUGUUAAAAUAGUAAAAAAAUAUUAUCAAAUUUUAUUAUUGGAAAAUAAUAUUGCAAGGUUUGCUCUUCCUUUUCAAAGAAACAGCUUGUAUUAACCUACAGCUUACAACAUUAAUAAUUCAUUUGUUGCUGCAUUUUCAUUUGCUGGCAUCUGUGAAGAGGAAGCCACUCUAAAAUAACUAGCUUAACUAAUCUUGAUCCUUUCCUAGCAUGGAUUCCUCUGCUGGAAAGUUGAGCUGUUUGUCCUUAAUUUCAUCUUUAAUUCAGUCUCUGUUCUUUCUACCAACAUGCAGUCUCCUGAAUUACACUUUACUAACUAGUAACAGUGAUGUGCUUUGUUAUCCAAACUAAUUACUUUAUAAUUCCAUCACAAACUUCGUUUUGGGCAUGUAAUGGAAAGAGAAAGGAAAGCAAAGCCACUGUUUUUUGUGGAAAUCUAAUCCAUGAGCAAUGCUGGAGGUGUGGAGAUGGAGUUCCCCCUCCCUUUGCUCCACAUCCCCUGGCUGUAACUGUGCAAUGGGAUGGGGUAACAGCUGUACCCCUGUGGGGCAGGGCUGGGAAGGCUGGCUGGUGGAUUUGGAGGCUGGCUGGUGGAUUUGGUAGCUGGCUGAUGGAUUUGAUAGCUGGCUGGUGGAUUUGGUAGCUGACUGGUGGAUUUGGAGGCUGGCAGGUUGCCCCCAGGCUUAGCCCAGAGCUGCCUUCAUGCAUGGUGUUUUGGCUGCUGGUAGAAAAUCAUCCUGUUACUCAUCAAAGACAGCUGGGCUGUGUGUAAGGGCUUCCGUGGCUGCAUAGCCUUGCAAGCUUUUGCUUGCCAUUUGGAAGUAAAACCUUGGCAAUCUAUUCAGUGUUGGUGUUACCCUAAUUAACAGGAGGCAAACAGGUGGAAUCUGGCUUGGUGUGUUCUUGUGGCAAUUCCAGGCAGAAUUGGUAAAGGAAAUAGGAUGGUGAACAAGCAUGAAGGAAGGCCCCUGCAAGUUACUAAAGCUUUUCUGUCCCCUAAAACAUCAAACUUGGGAUUACAUCACUGGGUUGGCCAGUGACACUGGAGAACUCACCCCUUGGAUUUAACAGUGUGGAUAAUUGAAUAGUGGAACAGCAUACCUAGAUAGGGUGGGAUGUUUUGUCACCCCAGGUCUUGGCUAAAGGCUCCCUCUCCACCAUGCUCCAUGGCACAGGCAGGAGCUGUGGAUGAGGAGAAGGAAUUAGUAGGUCAGGUUGUGCUGUGUGCUGGGCAGUGGCUCAGGCUGAGAGGAGGGAAUGUGAAAGUGUAAAGUUGUGAUUGCAAAUUGAGUCACACAUUAAAUUAUACUGAAGCUGUGAUCUGGGGUGAAUUUUUACAAUGGCAUAUGUGAGUGUGAUCAGUCUAAAAUAACAGAGGGUGGCUGCAACUCAGAGGUAAGCCAGCUGCCUUUGAAAUAGCAGUUUAUUGUUUUGAUUAGAGAGACAUUUCUAAGAGCAGAAAAUUAGAAAGAGCAAUAUAGAGCCCAGCUUGAAAGUGCCUCACUGCCCUUUUAAAGCUCUGUGGGUGGUGGGGCCAUGGCUGUUUCCAUGCUUUGAAGAAAGGCCACAAUCUUAGCAAAAAGUUGGUAGAUCUUGGAGAACAUUUUCUCUGAGACUUGAGCAGAAAGUGUGAACUUUCUGCUCCCACCCCCACACUCAAAGUUUCACUCUGAAAGUGGAAGGAGGCUCCUCCAAAGUCUUAACCUUAGCAGAUCAUUACAAAAAUCAUGCCCUGGCCCUUGUUGCUCACUGACCUGGCCCGAGCAGCAGCAAUGCUGUGUGUUGCCAGUUCUGAUGGAACACCUUGUUUCCUUCUGCUGACUCCUCUGCUCCUCUGUGCUGGCAGAAGGAAGGUGGAGCAGACCCAUGGCCACUCUCUGCAUCCUGGUAGAGCAGGCAGAUGUCAGACAGGGCAGGAAAAAGCAGGAUACCAGAAAUGUUCCCCGGGACACUUGUGCCUUUGGAUGUGCACACCUCCCUGGCAGCUGCCACCCAGGAAUGCCAUGAGUUUCACACUCAGUGACCCAACAAACUCGUGACCCUGGCAGGUGCAGAUGGCAGGGAAAUGAAAAGCCAGAAGGAAAGUCAGUCUGGGACACAGCAGAAGAGCUUCCCAGUUUAUUUGGGUCCUUGCUGAGUGAUGGUUGAAGGAGUUACACCUGAGUGUUUCUGGAAGUUGUUUGCAGCCUUCAGCAGCAGCUUUAUGAAAGCUGGAAUAGCUUCUGUGCUCCUUGUGGCUCUUACAGAAGUAGAAAAGAAGGGGAUGAAAUGGAGAGUGGGUUAGCUGAUGCUGUUUGUUUUAGACAAGAAUUAUCCAAGUAAAUCAGGUGUAAUUCCUAAUGGUGUGGAUUCUUGCUUCACCUAUCUCUGCUGCUGGCAGCUGACAAAAGCAAGAAAUAUCAGCUUAGGGAGAUUUCUAUCUGCAUUUGAGUGAAUCUGUUUUCCAAACGUCACAGCUUGGGGAAGCUCUUGGCAACCUGUUCUCCCUGUGCCCUGUGAGGCAUUUCUAGAGUUUGGGUGGCUGAAGAUUGCUGCUAAGGGUGGAAAUUUGAGCAGCCUUCUCCAAGGCCAGCACUGUUUGGCUGAGGGCAGUUCAGCCUGGCACUUACUAUGGGAAGUUUCUAUGGACACUUAGGGAUGCUGGCAACUCGCCAGGACACAGGGUCACUGCAGAGUGACCAGUCAUGGGGCUGCUGCUUUCUAAUUCAGAUUUUGUUGUCUCAUGACUUUGGGGCUAGUCUUGUAACCAAGACAGCUAAAUAAGCUUUUAAUUAGUGCUGGUUGAAGAAUUUGAGUGAAAUAUGCACUGAAGGGUUACAUCUUCAGUGUGCAGUUCUUAUUUAUGUUAGGAGCUGCUUCACUUGUUUGGAUUGGGGUUUUUGGCUGUUAUCACCCAGCAUAGCAUUACUGGAGCAACAGACUGGCAAAGUUUGACCCAUCCUUUCUUCUUAGGUGGGGGAAGAAAAGGAAAUGGCAGACAGUGAAAUUAUUUAUCACAGCAGGCUCAUAACAGAAAAGACCUGGCAGUUUUCUCUUGAGGAAUACUCUGUGUUUGUGUGUUAUCUCCUACUUUGGGCAAUCUCUUUCUGUGUGUCAGUGAUAACGCUUGAAAGAUUUCCACUUUUCAGCCUUAUCAUUCCAGGGGCUGGUGGGAGACCAUGUUGUCAAAUGCCUAAAUAUCUUCAUACCAUAAUAUUUUAACAUUUAAAUGGUUUCAUUUAUAAGACAAUAAAUUAUGUGGCAUUCACUUCAAGUCAUAAUUUACAUUGACUUAAUAUUUUUAAGAAACAGUUGCUAGAAUUGCUUUCAAAAUCUCAAGCAUUCGAAAAAAAUGAACUAUUGCAAAAAAAAAAAAAAGUGUAAUGACAUAAAAUAGCAGCAUCAAAUGCUAUCAUGCCUGGAUGUGGAAACCUUUUAGAAAUACUGACACUUGUUUGAGAAUGAAAAAUGAAAAAAAAUAUGUAUCUAAUACCUGCUAGGAUUUAAUGAUCCUUUCCCAAAUAUCUGUGUUAUUGUUUCAUAGUUAUUCCAUGAGCCAGUUCUGAUCAGCUGAGGUGAUGGUGUUUUUCCUUCCAGUAAAGGGAGGAAUCCUUUGAAUAACACCCCCCAGAUGACUGAUUCUCAGGAGUCAGCACAUCUCUCAUCUUUUCCACCUCCUUUGACCUCUGUGGGAAAGCAGGGAGAUGCUUGAGCCCUUCAGGGAUGGGUGCCUUACUCAGUGAGUUGAAUGCAGAAGGAUCCUUUUUUUGGUGAUGUACAGGUGACCAAGGGGCUGACGUGGAAGGAAACUUCCUGGAUGGAGUUCUUAGUGAGGAGAUGUUCACACAGUGACUCCAGGGACAGGAGUUUAGCUCAGGGGGUGACAGAGUGCAGGGAAAACCCAGUGUCAUCUGCAAUUCUGCUAAGCACUGCCAGUUUCCCUCUUCCUUAAACAAGAAAACUGGUUUCCACUCUAACUUUGUGCAAGCUGAUCGCUCAUGGCAGAAUUUCUAAAUAAAUAUCUUGCCUCUUGACUCAGAUGAUUACAAAAGAUGAAGUCAUGCAGUGGGUACAGCACAGGAGCUAGAGUGAUAACCUAGAACAGUUUCCUGUUGCUACAAGUGAGUGUAUUUCCUCUAACCUUUGAUAAUGUCUUAAAUGGUUUUAGCUGAAAGACUUACCUUGUGCUUCUCCCCAAGUCUUAAACUGAGGAAGUUCAGCUCUGCCAUGGGCACAUCUCUAACUGUGCUUGGGAGGAGCUCUGGUGGGGAGCAAACUGCAGCCACAACGUGGCUUUGUGCUCCCCCAGCCUCCCACCACUUUCUUUUCCCAUCUUAAUUUUGCUGUUGAUAAAUUGAUGGAGAACCAGGUGCACUGGUGAAACUGCUUCCUUGGGGCCAUUUCUGCCUGCCUGCUGACCCAACAGAGGAAAGAAUAGGGAUUUCCACACAGGCAGAGCUGAAUUCCAGGGCCAUUCCUCUGAGUCCCAGCCCUGUCUCUCCCUGGAUUGCAGGGGCUGCUCUGCUCUGUGCUGGUCCUGGUGCCUGGACUGUGCUGAUCUCCAGUGACAGAGCACCACUGAGCUGAGAGAUCCCUCCAGCUGUCUGAAAACAUCACAGAAUGAUUGUCUGAGGGAAAUGUUUACUGGCUCUCAGUUUAGAUUUAUGAGUGCACCUGGGUAGAUGUGGUGGUUCACACAGUUCACUGCCCGUGAAAGUUGGAUUUUGCUGCAAGUUUGGAGGAAAAGGUGAUGCUAAACAAGAAUUGGUUUUCACACAUCUCUGUGGGGGUAAUAAACCAUUGGAAUGAUGAUCACAUGGCUGGAAGCUUGUGCCUACUGAACCUGCAGCAAAUAAUUGUUGCUUGAACUCAAUGCUUUCAUGCACCAUUGGGGCUGCAGUUGAAUAUAACCUGUGGUGCAUAGUUAAGCAUGAGCAGGCUGAUGACCAGCAUAUAAAAUAUAUAUUGGUAAACACUGAGCACCUUCUUAUUUACUCAGGAUUCUUGGCAUUCCCUAGUCUUAAAAUGGAAAUGCAAAUAUCGUGGUAACUCUGACUACCGUGAGCAGGAAAUGCCAGUACUUAAAUUGCUCCUGCUGCAUAAAUCUUAUUUAUUGCUUCCUUUUUGAAAAUUAGUCUGGUUUUGCAUGUGCUCUAAUUUUGAAGCUUUUCCUGAAUGGCUUUGAAGUAUUUUGAAAGUUCUCCAGAUCUUUUCAAACUUCAAAGAUUGGUAGUGUUUUCUUUCUAUCCUAUGUAAGGGAUAUAGUAGAAUGGGGGAUAUAAAGGAAAUGGCAAUUUAAAAAAAAACAAGCCAAGCACAUUAGGAAGCCAGACCUUUUCUUUAAUAUUCUUUAAACCAUUCAGAGAACAUGUGCUUUUGCUAGAAAGAAAAGUCCAUGAAUGCUGUGAAAAGUGUUUUACAAGCCAUGUUUCCUCAGGAUACAAAGAAGGCAGCAAGAGGAGGAAGCAGAAGCAGAGAGAGGAGCUGAAGAAGAAGAAGGCAACCAAAGCGAGUUACUAAAAUGGACUUCCCUGCUAUGCCAAUGCCUUUUAAUAAUGACAACUUCAUGUUACCUUCAAGCACACCUCUUUUGUGUAUAUUUUUUGAUUGUUCACACUGCUACCAAGGAAGUGACUCAUGUUUAAAACUGUACUAAAAUUGCACUAUGUUAUUCCUCUUAGUUUCACAGAGUGGCUUUCUUGCCCGUUCAGGUUAGUGAAUUCAGACAAGGCAGGUCGUGGUUAGAAGUGUGUUAUGUUUGAAGAUUGGAAAGUUACAGAAUUUCUUACCUCUUCCUUCCCUGGGACUAAGACAACUCUAGUCUAGUGUUUUUUAUUUGUCUUGUAGGAUAUAAAAAGCAAAUGCCUGCUUGUCACUGGCAUCAACACCAGGCCCAUUGAAAGAAGAGUCCUGUUCACUCAUGUCAUUGGGAGUGGGGCUGAGACAUGAGCUCUUAUAGGGUAAUUUAUGCAAGAUUAAUAAGUGGCUUUUAUGGUUGGGUUUUUUGGUUUUUUUUUUCCCAGGCUGGGCAGUUCUGCCCCUGCUAUUAAAGUGUUCCCUGAUAUGAAAUUGUAUCUUGAAGUUAUAUCCUCUGAUUUUAAGGAAUGUAGUGUAAUGAUGGUCUCCUGUAAGCACUCCUACUGAUUUCUUUAGGCUUAGUUGAUUCCUGAUGAAUCAUUUAGUGAAAUCAUUCCUUAUUUUAAAAAUUUAUUUUCAGAACCUAGAGACAAAUGAUCCAAGUGCUACUUUAAAACUGCUCUUUGUUUCUUCUGAGUAGGUUUUAGAUAACAAACAUUUUUUUAGCAUCCAUUUUAGAUUUUAUCAACUUGUUUCUGCAAAGAACUUAUACCUUUAUGUAUGAAAGCAUUUUGCAUUGGUUUUAUUGCAGGGCAAAUUUUGUUUUAGCUUAAAAAGAUGUCUUAGAUCUAAAAGAAAUAUGUGUUUCCUGGCAAGAUGACUUCCUUGCUUCCCAUACUUGUCUCAUGUGCAUGACACAUUGCUUCUCUUAACCUUUUAGUGUGUACAGAGCCCCUCUGUUGCCUUAAGCAUUUACCUGCAUGUUUCUUGUCAGUGUGUUGUCUCCUUUUUUUAACCUCCAGGUAGGAGUUAGUAGCUUAUGGUUUUGUUUUGUUUCUUUUGUCUUCCUCUUGCCAAUAUGUUGUUGAUGUAACAGCCUUAAACCUGGCAAUAUUGAAAGUCCAUAGUUCCUGAAGAAACUCACUCAUCCUAACGUUUCAAAGGUGUAGGAAUGCACAUAAUGGUGUAAGAGAGGAGCUAAACAGAAAAGCCAAGUCUGCAUUCUAGCAUGGUUUGAUAUAACAAAUUCUGGUGUCUCUGGUAUCUGAAUGGUUUAGCUUCAAUUCCCCAAUGUAACCCUCUGCAGGCACCACAUAACACACAAUAACCAUUUGUGAACUCUCUUAGAGUCUGUAAAUUAUGGUUAAGAUCAAAUAAGGUCUGAGUAUCGGUUUUCUGUCACUUAAGUACCACCUUUUUUUUUUGUGCAGUGUUACUAAUAUUUAAAAAUAAAGAAAAUCUGCCUUUA